GCGGGAUUCCAAAAUUAAACGAUAGUCGGAUGGUUGUAGCAUAACUCACGCAUUCUUCGACGAGAAUCCCCCACUGGUGCUCUGAAUUGUCUGCUCAACCUUUCGUCAAUACCGGUCUGAUGGAAUCUACUCAGUGGUACGCUGCUAUCCUUGGUGGGAUCAUCAGCUUGAUGCUUUUUUCCCUACUUCACAUCAAAUUUACCUCCAAUGCUGGAUCGUGGCUGCAUCUACUCUUUCUGCAACACUUGCGCUAUCGAUAUAUAUUCGUGCAGAGGCGAUGGUUCAACUUAACACGGCUCCAAGCAGUGCUACUAGCCAUGUACAUUGCUGGAAACAUCUCGGCUCUGUCCCUUUCCUACCCUAGCCAUCGUGGUAUAGAAGCCAACAAGCGUGAUCUAGAGCAAAGAGCUGCGAUUCUCGCGCUGACUAAUUUCUGUAUUUUGUACUAUAGCGGCUCAACUCAUCAACUCGCCAACUGGUUCAAGAUUGACCGCGAUUUGUAUGCCGCAGUGCAUCGAUGGGUUGGUAGAGUUGCUGCUUUGGAAGCCAUACUUCACGUCGUCGUCGUGUUGAUGUUGCGUCCACGUGCUGGGAGCAUUAUCCUGUCUGGAGUCGUCUCAAUUGCAACCACAGCCUGUUCGAUAGUCUUUUAUCUCAAAUGGGCUCUAAACUUGAAAUGGAUGGCGUGGUCAAUGCAAAACCUGAAAAGGCUGAGUUGCUUCCGGCUUCCGGAUUUCUUAGCGAGCUUAGCAAUGCCAGAUUGGCACACGAUAUUUGCACUGGGCGCUCUAAGUAGCACGUUUUGGCACAUUAUUACUCUUCCGGCCUCGUCAACCGUUACAAAAGUGGCGAUAGUAAUUAUCUCCAGUCUCUGGCUUAUGUUGACAAUCUUCCGACUGGGGCGAAUUUUGUUCUAUAGCACAUCUGCCAAGGUUUUAGACGUUUGGCCCCGUCAAGGGACGAUUCGCAUUCGCGCACACGUGCCCCGACGGAUACCGAUUUCCCCAGGAGCGUAUAUUUAUGUCUUCUGUCGCCGGUCCGCUUUCGUUUUUGACGUUUCAAGAGGCCAACCCAUUUACGUGAUCCCUGACGGCGAGGGUAAAGAUUGGAUUGAAAGAGGUGCUGAAUCAUUUACAUUUUUAGUCCCAAGAAAUCCUCAUUCGUGGAUACUGGAGAGACUCCAAAAAGGUCAAGGUCUACUCAUCGAUGGACCAUACAGCGACAACCCUCACCCAGAAAAUUACGAAAACAUAUUCUUAGCCGCACGGGGCGCUGGAAUUAUCAGUGCAUUAACAGUCGCUAUGUUCAUUACUGCUCGAAAGAAACAUGAUGCCGAGAAACGGGCACAGACACAAGUUCCAUCGGGUUGGAACAGAAAUGCUCCAGCCAUAGGAAUGGACUCAUCAGCACACAAACCCUCCGUCCAUAAAGACGACCGUCCGAAAUCUCUUUUCCGAGAUUCAACUAGACGAAUUGAUCUGUAUUGGAGCCUAGAUGAAAACACUCAAGAGGAGUGGGUAGCUGAUCACAUCAAAAAGCUACAAAUACUGGAUAAAGAACAUCCAAUCGUCUAUAUAUGCUGUUUCUAUCCAUCCCGAAAUGGUAUCCCCGGAUUUUCAACGGUUGUGCCGUCAGAAUAUGUUCAUUGUUAUUACAAUACCAAGUCUGGCGCUGAGUUAAUUGUCGAGAAGCUAGAAGAAGGCGAGACUUUCGCGUUUUCAGGAGAAGCGCAAAUUAUCAGCUGCGGCGGCGAUGAUUUUAGGAAUCUCAUCCGGAAUAGUGCAUUACGUAUGUUAAGCAGGCGGCAUCAUGUCCAGUUGAGCGAAUUUUCGAUGAGAAGUGCAUACGAAAGUUUUCCUCCAAAUGUUACCAAUUUACCUGUUCAUGGUCGAAGUGAUGAGGAGCAUCAGGGUUUCAUUUAGGCAUUUACUUUUUCAUUUUAACAUUUAAACCGUUGUUUUUAUUCUGUUUUUCCCCCAUGGUUUUAAAUUAACAUUACUUGUGUUCUUUCGAUACAUGCCUAGGG